AUGUUUCUUCCACCUAUUGGUCAACCACCAUUAUCAUCAUCAUUACACGGAAAUGAAACAAUGAAUGGUACAACUAUUAUUAAUACAAGUACAAGUUCAUCAGGUUCAUCAUCAACAAAUCAAAUUGGUCUUCCACCACCACCUCAUAUGACAUCAAUGCCAUCAACACCACCUGGUACAGGUAUAAUGACAAUGCUUAAUCCACCACUUGAUUUAUCACCACCACCACGACCAGAUUUUGGUCGCGAAGGUCGUUCAAUUAAAUUACGUGCAAAUCAUUUUUCAAUACGUAUUCCACCUAUACUUAUACAACAUUAUGAUCUUAAUAUACAACCAGAUAAAUGUCCUAAACGUGUUAAUCGUGAAAUAAUUGAUACAAUGGUUAAUAAAUUUCAAAAUAUAUUUAAUACUCAACAUCCAGCAUUUGAUGGUAAAAGAAAUUUAUAUACAAAAGAUCUAUUACCAUUUGGUCGUGAACGUAUUGAACUUGAAGUAACAUUACCUGGACCUGGUGAAGGACGUGAUCGUUGUUUUAAAGUACAAAUUAAAUGGGUUGCACAAGUUAGUUUAGUUAGUUUACAAGAAGCUUUACAAGGACAUGGUCCACCAGUACCAAACGAAGCUGUUUCAGCACUCGAUGUUAUUAUGCGACAUUUACCAAGUAUGAAAUAUACACCAGUUGGUCGUUCAUUUUUUUCACCACCUGAUGUUCAAUAUAAUCCAUUGGGUGGUGGUCGUGAAGUAUGGUUUGGUUUUCAUCAAUCUGUUCGACCAUCAUAUUGGCGAAUGUCAUUAAAUAUUGAUGUUAGUGCUACGGCUUUUUAUAAAUCACAGCCUGUCAUUGAUUUUAUGUGUGAAGUACUUGAUAUACGAGAUAUUCAAGAACAACGACGUCCAUUAAAUGAUGCACAACGAGUUAAAUUUACGAAAGAAAUAAAAGGUCUCAAAAUUGAAAUAACUCAUUGCGGUAAUAUGAAACGUAAAUAUCGUGUUUGUAAUGUAACACGAAAGCCUGCACAAUAUCAAACAUUUCCUCUUCAACUUGAAAGUGGUCAAACAGUUGAAUGUACUGUUGCUAAAUAUUUCUAUGAAAAACAUCGUAUGAAAUUACAAUAUCCACAUUUACCAUGUUUACAAGUUGGUCAAGAACAAAAACAUACUUAUUUACCACUUGAAGUUUGUAAUAUUGUUCCUGGACAACGAUGUAUUAAAAAAUUAACUGAUAUGCAAACAUCAACAAUGAUUAAAGCUACAGCACGUUCAGCACCUGAUCGAGAAAAAGAAAUUAAUAAUUUAGUACGCAAAGCUGAAUUUAAUAAUGAUGUAUAUGUAACUCAUUUUGGUAUUAAUAUUUUAACUAAUAUGACAGAAGUAAUGGGUCGUGUAUUAACUGCACCUAAAAUUCAAUACGGUGGUCGCACAAAAGUUGUUGUUACACCCAAUCAAGGUGUAUGGGAUAUGCGUGGUAAACAAUUUCAUACUGGUAUUGAAAUUCGUACAUGGGCAAUAGCAUGUUUUGCACCACAACGUAAUUGUAAUGAAGCAUCACUUCGAACAUUUACACAACAAUUACAACGAAUAUCAAAUGAUGCCGGUAUGCCAAUUGUUGGUCAACCAUGUUUUUGCAAAUAUGCAACUGGUAUUGAACAAGUUGAACCAAUGUUUAAAUUUCUUAAAACAACAUAUAAUGGUUUACAAUUAAUUGUUGUUGUUUUACCUGGUAAAACACCUGUUUAUGCUGAAGUUAAACGUGUUGGUGAUACAUUAAUUGGUUUAGCAACACAAUGUGUACNUCUUUUGUUCUCUUGA